GCUGUUUUUUUGGUUUUGUGGUUUUUCUGAGCGAGGUGAAAGGACCCGAGUUAGCUGACACUCGCAGGCGGUCGCGUCGUGUCAGACUCGCUGGCUCGCGGAUCUGUUUUGCUGAGUGCGCACGCUUUGGCGUUUCGAGUCUCAGCGUGUGUGUGCGCGCGCGGAGCUCUGUGUGUGUGUGUGUGUGUGUGUGUGUGUCAGUCAGUGUGUUACGAAAGCGACAAGCGAAGAGCUUCGCUUAUUUAAAGGCGCUCUAAGCCGUGCUGAUUCAUCACGAUCAUCAUCACGGGGUCAUACCGAGCCGCGCCGUGUUUGUCUCGGCUGGACAUCCACCCAGAGCAGCCCUGUAACCGCUACACAAAGGGCACAUUACUGGAAUCUGUGUGGUUUACAAGCGGCUCUCGUGGCAUGACGACCACUAACAAGGGAAACAAAGCCUUGAAGGUGAAACGGGAGCCAGGCGAGAAUGGCACGAGCCUCACAGACGACGAGCUGGUGUCGAUGUCGGUGCGCGAGCUCAACCAGCACCUGCGCGGCCUCUCCAAGGAGGAGAUUGUACAGCUGAAGCAGCGGCGGCGCACGCUUAAGAACCGUGGCUACGCCGCCAGCUGCCGAGUCAAGCGUGUCACUCAGAAAGAGGAGCUCGAGCGCCAGAAGGCUGAGCUCCAGCAGGAGGUGGAGAAGCUCGCUUCAGAGAACGCCAGCAUGAAGGUGGAGCUCGAUGCCCUGCGCUCCAAAUAUGAGGCACUGCAGAGCUUCGCCAGGACUGUGGCUCGUGCUCCUGCAGUGCCCAUCACCAACACGCCCGUUCCCGCCCGCGGGUCUCUGGCCUCAGUCAUUGGGCCGCUCGUACCGGGGAAGGUGGGCGCCACCAGCGUCAUCACGAUAGUCAAGUCCAAAACAGAUGCUAGGUCUUAGUACAGGCCAGUGAGGAGAGAGAGGAGGAGGAGGGGUGAGCGAGAGAGAGAGUGAAAAGGGGCUUGGUCAGUGCAUCACGAUUUAGGCACGGGACAGAUUCAGUAAGAGGUCAAAUGGGUGCAAAUGGUUCCAGAUUUCUGUGAGAUGGAGCCUGACAUGGAGGACUGGUGUCUAAAAAGACAGUGUCCUCAACACAUCAUGAUACUUCCACUUGAAUUGGUCAGUACAGUAUCUUUCUGUACACACUUCCAAACCAAAACCAUCAUCAAGGACAAUUAGGAUGACUGGGCUUCCAGAAAAAUCUCCACAUUUUAAAGAAAUUACGAGAAUUUGAAAAAGAAGCAGCAAAACUGUUUUGUCCCUUGUGACUGCAAUGAGUGCUGGAUUUAUAGUCUUUAUAUAUUUUUUUUUGUAUGAUAUUGUUGGACUUUAGGGCCCAAGUGUAUUAUUUUUUUUUCUGAUUUUUAUGCACUAUUUGAAAUUCAUUGUGUUGCUGUGUUUUGUACUUCCAUCCUUUUCCUGUGUCAGAGAACUCAGUCACAAAGCAGACGUACACUUUGUACACUUUCAAUCUCCACCUUGUGUUUAUAAACACAAGGAUGUGGAAUAAAGACAAGGCAAUUUUUUAUUUUUUACAAGAAAUCCUAUAAAGCUGGCUUAGUUAAGAAAGAGAGCUUGUCCAGGACACACACAUCUGACGUAUUGUGGAAUAUUAGUGUUCUUCCUGUGUUUAUACUUACCCUGCACUGGCGUAUCUCCUAUUCUGAGAUGCUUCCAGUCCUGAACACGCUCUACUCUUCACGCUUUUGCGUCCCUUUACCGUUGCCUAAUGUUGUGCACUGACCAGCCACUGCUGAAAAACGAGACGAGACGAGACGAGAGGAAUCAGCUGAUGAUAUUCGUAUGGUAGCUAUCAGGAUAACUGAGACCAGUUUAUGUGAUUGGGUAGUCCUUUUUUCAUAAGAAAAUUAAAAAAAGGGUUUAUUUCUUUUAUAACAGAAGCUUAUUGGCAAGGCAAUACGAUCUUUAUGUUGUGGAAAUUUAAACUGCUGAUUUAGUUUCCUUUGUGGAGCUCAUGAAAUUUUGUCAUGUGUUUUUAUGCUGGCAAAACAAUAUUUUAUUUAUAUAUCUUUGAUUACAAAGUGUUACCCUAUUAUUAUUAUUAUUAUUAUUAUUGUUGUUGUUAUUAUUAUUAUUAUUAUUAUUAUUAUUAGUGUGUUUUCCCCUGUCUUAUGCUAUAACUCCAGAGAGACUCAUUCUCUUCUUAUUUUGUCCCCUUUACCAAUAUAGACAAAAUCAGAAAAAGAUUGCUCUUAAAUAAUAAUAAAAAAAAAAGACAUUUGAAAAGGGGACUAUCUGGUUGCAUAAACCGGCAAUCUCUCACAAGCUUUACCAUAAAAUCUGUCGCUGUGACGUUGCGUAACGUAUUCUAAGAUUCUUUGUCUAUAUGGUGGAGUCUUGAAUUUUAUAUAAAAAAAAUCACACCUAGAGUAUCUUGCAUUAUUUAUAAAACAUUUAAAAAAAGAACUAUAAAGUUGUUUGAUAUCUCUCUUUUUUGCAAUUGUACCAAAAGUGGCUUAACUAUUGAAGUCGAUAGCUUUUUCUAGUGACUAGGCGCGUAAAACUGUGGACUAGCGCGUGUGGUGUGACGUGUAAGUGAUAAGGUGAUGGUACUGUUCACUAUUUUUGGAUGUGAUGCUCUUCUGUUAUUUUUGGCCAAACCCAGGUGAUGGACACACGUUACCCACAAUCCUUCAAUUUUUCCUCCUCCCCAGUGCAGCUGAUUUGACACACAGCCUGUACUGAGUUAAAAUGUCAGAUCUUUUGUCUUUUAAAUUUUUAUAAAUUGGUUUAGACUGUGUUUUUGAUGGUUGGCUUAUCCUGUCAGGAACAACAGCAAGUGUUCGGCUUGUCUGCAGUGUGUGAAAGCGGUCCCGCGCGGCUUAAAGUGUAGCAGCAGCGUCGAGUGCUUUUGCACUUGAAUGCCGAAGGGACCGGACACGGUUUCCUUGACAUCAGCAACACUGGGUCUUUGUGCCCCAUUUAGUAACAACAAUUCUUACUCUUUGUAUUCAUCAUAAAGUAAAGUGAGUUAAGGAAGAAAAAAUUCUCAGGAAAGUGGAUCUACAGCAAGGGAUUGUGGGAUGCGUGUUAAAGAUCCUGUGGUCUCAUCACCUCUGUUGAUAAAGUCCUUUUUUUGUGAUGUGUGAUUUUUAUAUUUUUGGUGUAAACUGUUUCUAUGGUAGAUUCUAUUUAAUGUAUUCUGUUUUUAUUAUUUGUCAUUUUCUUUUUAAAUGCCAGGGAAGUGACACUGCACUGAUUCUCAAUGAGCAAAGCAAAACAGAUGAAGCAAUGUGCUCCCUCUUGUUUCGUUUUUUUUUUUUUUUUUUUUUUUUGUCAUUUUGGAAAAACCUUUUUUUUUUUUUUGAGCUGUAGGUUGAGGGAGCACUAGUAAAAAUGUAAAAAAAAAAAAAAAAAAAUACAAAUGUAAACCAUUUAGUGAAGGGUCACACCUUUCACGUUAUGCUGAGAAGAUACUAUACAAGCACUGUAUGCAGUAAUGGUACUGAAUUUUAUUUGUUUUUUCUAUUCAUAUUCCUCUAAGUUUCCUUUUCAUAACAAAUGUUAGUAGGUUCAAUGCAAAAAAAAAAAAAGCUCAAUUAGGCCUUAAAAACUUUACACCAGCCAAAACUGUUUCAUUCGUUAUUUAGUUUUUCCAGCCCUGACUAUGUGCAUCAUGGUACACUGUCUCCAGAGAUUGGGGUCAGGGUUCUGAGCUCCAUCACACCUGAUUCUUCUCAGAAAGGGCUUGAUGUUCAGCACAUGAAUUGAAUCCGGUGUUUUCGUAAGCCUGAGCAGUGUUGUGGCUCUCCAGAGUUUUAUGAACCCUGGUUUAAGCAGAGCUGAGUGACAAUCCACAGAUACAGGCAGCAUGUGACUGCUCCCAUCUUUAAAGCUACUAUCAGUAGCCUAUGUUUUUUGUUUUUUUUUUGGUUUUUUUUGUUAAAAAAAAAAAAAAAGCGUUUUACACAUCCACUGAGCAAUGCCGAUAUAAUCCUGAUAUUAAAUGGGUCUAUUCAGCGCAAGACGAAAUGAGCAAAUGUCAUGUAUAAGAAUCUAUUACUAAAUGCACUGACUGUAGUUUAAAUCCACAGAAACGCUUGUUGGAUGCUUGGUUGCAUCAUAUUAUGUUAUCAAAGUGUCGCUGUUGAUUUUUCUCAGUCCACUUCAGGUUUGCUGUUAGUGAUGAUGGGGCUUUAAACAUAUUGAGCUCUCCUUAAGCUGCACUUAUCUGGCAUUUAGGUCCGAAUAAAUAUUGUAGGUUUAUUUAUCUUUAUUAUUUUUUUUUUUUUAUUAGAAAUCAGUGUAAAUGAAGAAAAUGAACUUCCUCUGACUGGUUAAUCUGUGAAUUUGUUCUGUAAUGGAGUCUUUGGUCCAUUUUUGGCGUUGCUUUCGUAACCAGUAGUGGCGUUUCUCCUAUCGGCUGUGGCAGUUCUGUGCGACGUUUAUGUGAGCGCUGUGUGUGUGUGUUUUUUAAGGGUUAAACUAAUGCUACUAGCUUACUAGCGAAACAAUGCCGUGCUCCUCAUGGAAGUGCUUGUGCUCCAGGUAGCGCCACUGCCUAAUACUUUUAGACUUGCACUCCUCCUCUUCCUGUCGUGGGGCGGGGGAGGACGGGUGGCUCGGCUCGUUCACGUACGUCAUUGUUGUCGUCGUCGUGGUGACUUGGUGUAGAAGUGAACAUAUGAAUUAUAUGCAAAUGUGGGCGGUAGGGAAGAUAGGGUUUCUGUUUUUUUUUUUUCAGUAACCACAAACAGUGAGAGACUGUUUCCAUUUUUCCAUUUGUUUGAAUGCUACAGCUUGUCUAAUUUUUCUCAAGGCGCUUUAUUUGCAUGUAAAAAUAUCACAUUCCUGCUGAAAAAUCCAGCUACCAGAUGCCAAAACACAGAGCGAGCUGCUCAAGCUGGUAGACUGUCUUUGCCAGCUGGUAAAAGGAAACCGUUUCUGAAUUCCUGCCACUAAUGCUACAUUGUAGACAGGUUAUUUUUAAGUAAAUAAACAGUAAGACAGUUAGAAAAUCUCAAAUAUUCAUUGAUCAACUUAGGCAAGUAAUAAGGAAGAUGGAAAAUAACAUAUCAUCUGUCAAAGAAGGUCUACAAACUUGACCAGCUCAGUUUGUGGGUUUUUUUGUUUGUUUGUUUGUUUGUUUGUUUGUUUUUUUAAAGCUGGUCAGACCAAGCUGGAAUUUUUUUUUCAGCAACGAUUGUGAUUAAUCAACUAAGCUAAUGCAACAAUCAACAUUAAACAAUGCAACAAUUAACAUUUACCUCAAGACUGUUUCUGGAACAUCCACUGAUACAGUAAUAUAGCUUCUUUUGUGGUGUUUUUAAUAGAAAAUACAUUUACAAUUCGUUUUCCCUUUUCAAAAAUAGUGCUACCUCCCAGGAGCUGAACACAGUGGAUAUUAAAAGCAAACUGAGACAAUCCUGGGAACAGCUUCCAGAAUUGGCUCAGACACUUGCUUGAGAUGACCUUGCAGAGAACAAUGUGUGUAACCGCUAACUCGCACCCGUUUGACCCCGAGCCACAACCGGCUCUUUUGUCAGAUCAGUAGGAAGCAGCAGGCUGACUGAGAGCUCGCUCUGGUCUCAGGUGUCCGCUUCUGUUGCUGUGCAAAAAAAAAAAAAAUGCAACACUCUGUCCUACUUCUCUUCCUGCGGAGUGCAAGUGUAAUGCAUUAACUACGCCAAGCUACGUUAAUACAUCGUACCCAAUGACUUCUAUUCGUUCUUGCCUGCUCUGUUGUGUUCCCAGUUGCCUUUCAUUUUAGGCCUCUUGGGAGGAGCAUUGAAAGGUUUCAUUUCUUCUCAAAGACAAAUGAGUCUCAAAUUCUUCACAUCUCUUGUCCCUUGUUAAGGUUUAACCAAGAAACCCAGAUUUCCCCCUGCGUUUGACCGCCGUGGGCAGUUUAAAUCAUUAACCUCUUAUCGCACUGCUAUUGCAACUGUUGACGUCGUUGCCAUUGGUGUUUGGGACUUGCUUAUCAUGCCGCGUGACUUCUCUUCCAGAUUCAUGACUCAUAAAUCAAUAAAACGAGGAUCCCCACAUACUGUUGGACAUUUUAUACAUUUGUAUUGAUGGCACUCUUGUUGUGCUUCUUUCAGCUUUUGGUGCUUGUUGACUUUCUCACUCCUCUCUGUGAAGCAAAAAGAAAUGUAUCAUUUAAUGCAAAAUCAAUUUGUAUGCAGCACUUCAGAGAAUUUUUUUUGUCCCCUUUCAUUAGACCAAUUUGUUUCCUUUUUUAUUUUUUCCUCAGUUUUUUUCCUGAAUGUCUCCCCUGUUGUUCUCUCCAUCACUCAAACUGCUAUGUCCACAUAACAGACCUCAUCAUAGGAGCGAUGUUUGUUUGUUUUUCGUUUUUUUUUUUUUUUCCCCUCCCAAAGUACUCAAGCUAUAAAUUGAGAGGUAAUGAACAUAGAAAGUAUCAUUUUUAUUUUAUUUUAUUUUUUUUGUCUAUAAAAAGAAUCUGUUCUGUUUUUCUGUAUGGGGUGUAAUGAAUUCUGUCACAGUACUUUGUAUGGGAAUUAUACAUACAGUAAAAGUCCAUUUAAUUGUAAGUAUUUAUCAACUAAGUUAUUGUACUUUUUGGAAUUUGUAGAUAAAUAAUAUAAUGUAUUGGUAUAUUAAUGAUGAAAUUAACUGUAUCAGUCAGUCUGGGGCGUCUUUUAAUUUAUUGAUGUAUAUACUGUAUGUUUGUUGAUAUACAGCUUACUUUAUUUUGUAUAUGACCAAUAAAUACAUUUUGAAAAACA